UUCGACAACAGCCUUGAAACCGGAAGCAGUCCGCUGUGGUGUGUUGGAAAAAACUCGAUUUCUUUAGCUUGAACAGUUUCUCUUUUUCAUAACGAUUGCUUUAUUUUAGUUAAUUGAUUUAGUAAUUUUUUAAAACAUAGUUUUAAUAUGAACAGGUUUUCUUGGCUAUCUUUACUGGAAUGAAUGUUGACGAACAACUCGAUGUUCCUUUACUCACCGCCGGUGGCUCCUGACCAAUCACAGUAGUCUGGUGUGAGGCUGGACCAAUCACAGCCUCGUGUGCUUAAACCAGAUAAACAGCUUCUGAGUCGAAGCCGUUGAAGUCGCGAUGGCGUCUGAUCCUGAUCUGAGGAAACAACUGGAGCAGUUCCUCGAGCGACUGAACAUCGACACGAUCUGCGUCGAUCAUCCUGAGGUGUUCACGGUGGAGGAGAUGAUGCCUCAUGUGGCUCAUCUGAGCGGCGCGGUCACUAAAAACCUCUUCCUGAAGGACAAGAAGAAGAAGAGCCUGUGGCUGCUGUCCGUCCGGCACGACCGGCAGCUGGACCUCGGCGACGUGUCCAAGCGUCUGGGCCUCGGCGGAGGAAACCUGCGUCUGGCGGACGAGGCGCUGCUGCUGGAGAAGCUGCGGGUGCGUCAGGGCUGCGUGACGGCGCUCGCGCUCUUCUGCGACACGGACCAGAGCGUGAAGGUGGUGCUGGACCGCGAUCUGACCCACGGCGGACACCAGCACGUCUAUUUCCACCCCAUGACCAACAGCGCCACCAUGGGACUCAAACCAGACGACCUGCUGCGCUUCCUAAAGGAGACCAAACACGAGCCCGUCGUCCUGAGCUUCGACUGACACGUGACACCGUUGGUCACAUGACGUGCGGCUCAGUGUGAUGAUGAUGGCUGUCGUCGCUCUUUAACUGGCAGCUCAGAUGUGUCUCUGCCUUCAGACUCAUGUUUACAUCUUCAAACGCCUGUCACGUGUCAAGCUUCACUUAGUGUUUAUGAAACAUCUCUCAAUAUUAAGGUCACUUUUCAAAACUUCACACAGUUCUUCUCACAGCAGUUAUUCACAUUCAAAAUGCACUAAAACUACCAAAACACUUCAUGAGUCAAACCAACUCAUUCUUCCACAGGUUUCACCAGCAAACACACUUUAUAAAACACUGAUCCAAAAACAGUCUUUGUACAGAGUUUUCUUUGACUCUCUGCUGUUUCACUGCGGUACAGUUCGUCCAUGUUUACAUUACAGUAAUAAAUUCUCAGGUUUCAUCUUUUGUACAGAUGGUGGUGAAGUUAAAGACUAACACUCGUGUAGGUGUUCAGCUGCAUCUAAUUGUUCUGACAGUAUUUCAUUUCUUAAAUUGGAAUAUAUUUUAUAAGGUAUUACUGUAGAAGUGUAGAAACGUCUUCAGUGUUGUUCAUGUCAGGUUCAGAGCUGACGUUCAUCAGUUUUGUCAGGAGUGUGUAAAUGUGCAGAUUGGCCUGUAGGAGUUCUGAUGUUGUUUGAGACAUUAAUGAAUGUGGUUUGACAGAUGUCUUCAUUGAGUGUGUUUUGCAGCAGUGAUGAAUGAUCCUCACACAGACUGAUGCUGUGAAUAAACGACUGUAAAUCACCUUCA